ACACUUGGUACAGUGCAGUCAGAGAAGUACCGCUCUCCUGGCAACCACCAAACCCAGACAUGUCCAUCGGAUUGCCAGACAGAGAAGUGUGAUAAGCCACUCCAGAGAACACGUUUCUACUGCUCUAGAGCUGCUCUAGAGUCCAGUGGCAGCGUGCUUUACACCACUGCAUCCGACACUUUGCAUUGCACUUACAUGCGCUGACCCCGCUCUGUCAUUUUACGUGGUUUACCACUUAGUUUUGACUUAUUGAACAGGUGGCAACCUAUCACAGUACCAUGCUUGAAUUCACUGAGCUCCUGAGAGCGACCCAUUCUUUCACAAAUGUUUGUAGAAGCAGUCUGCAUGCCUAG